AUGAGUUCCAGCGCACUCUCAAGCGAUCUCACUCCGGCUCAAAUCCAAGCAGCGACCCUUCUACGGAGACUGCUCCGUGAUGACGAGCUUCCGAUCGAUUUUGCAGGAUGGUGCAGCACCAACGAAGACUACCUUCCUGACAUCUACAACCACGUCGCCACGCUUCAACGGAAGACCGAAAACGCCCUGUACUUGAGCUUCUGCCACAGCAUAUACCUCGAUCUUCCACCAAUACAUAUUGGCUCUGAGAACCGACGAGCCCUGGCACAGAAGGCUGGCAAUACGUACACUUCGCUUUCUGUUGACUCAAAGAGGGAGAGCCCGCAAGCCGGACAGCGGCGAGACUCCGGGUCAUUCUCACUCCACAAUCCUAACUCCGCCAUGGAGAGCAACGAUUCUGCUUCGACGAACCCCCUCAUCAUCUCCAACGAGGAGGCCCACCGCCUGAUUGACGAAGUCAUACUUCCCAACGAGCUACCUUUCAACUUCAAAGGCUGGUGGACAUCUCACCUGCAGAUCCAUUCAGUCACGCUGGAGCAGGUCCGCCGUCAUCCCGGCAACGAGACCCCACGUCCGGACCACGGGUCUUGCAAUGUCGAACUUCUCAAGCCUCUCCAACUUCGUCCACCAACAGGAGGAUCCGCCAACUACCAACAGAUGGUUUGCAAAUCAGUAAAUCCAGAGUGUCUUCUGGUCAAAAGAUCUACUCUCCAGAGGCAGGUCGACUACUACGUCGGCAUGACCUCUGACGGAUUGCGAAGCACAACUUCCAUGUCCCUGGGGAUUGACCGAGAAGAAUUGAGUGACGACAACCGUGUCCUUGCCGACUCCGUCGUGGGCCCAGCCGAACUCAUGGCGUGGAUUGUGGAGAUUCGCAUGUGGCGUUUCAGGUGGUGGUCGACAGCCAAAGAAAAGAUCUGGACAUCCGCCGUCAUGCCCGACGAACGUGGAUCUGGCCGUCGUGCAGCUGCUCUGUAUAGAGCCCAAGUUCGCGGCCGGCAUCCAGUCGACGACAUCCACAUUCCAGGACCGGAUGCCUUCCUCCUCAUCGACCAACUGGUGGAUUUUCCUCAACUGCCGGCUGACUUCCAGUCCUGGUACGACGCUUCUCCGGACUAUCAAAAGAUCACUCGUGGCCAGCUCCAGUUUCGCGGCGAGGUGUACAAUGUCGAUUCCCACUACGGCAUGGACGAAGGUGUGCCGAUGGCCGAAGAGAUUGAGAUCGAGCCAAUGAGUGAAGCCAAUCAAGCCUUGUACCACCAGGAUACUCCUGCAGCGAUCCUCUUCCGUCAGGUUCGUUGGUUUCGGACCUUGGCGCCGAGAGCGAAGGAGAUGGAGAGGCGGACUUUGGCGUAUCGGAGGUACAGACAAGGGAAUGAGCGUGAUGGCAUGGCGACGCCUCACCAAUACGCAGAGAACGAGCAGACGCCCGCAUUCGUCUCGCUUCAAGGCCUUCUCAACGCACCUAGAAUUCCGGUCACAUUGGACGACUGGUGCGCUGAGCACCGAAACGAGCUCUUCCGCGUGAUAGCCUGGCUGCUGGAUCUCCUCCAUCAGAAACGAAUGGAAGACCAGAUCCUUCGCAAUAGGAGCUACGAACUCGGCAUCGUACCUCCUGACCAAUUCGCUCAAUCUGACGGCCUGUACACCAUUUUUGACAUCUGGGAUGGGACCUGGCGAGAUACGUCCAUUAGAAUUCUCGACAUGAUUCGCGCCGUUAGACACCUUAACGUUCAAAUGUUUUGGAUCCAUAGCAAUAUGCGAUUGGUAAUGUUGCUGCGGCAGGGGAUUCAGUGGACCGGGACGGAGACCAUGGCGGAGAUCCAUCGAGAACUUGUACGGAGGCUGCAGGGCUUGGAUGCGGUCAUAUCGUCGGGCUGA